UGAUCGACAGGGAACUGCAGGCUGCCUCCACAGCAAGUGUCUUAACAACUGGAGAUUUAGACACACACACACACACACACACACACACAGCAGCCACGCACACAUGCACGCACACCGAGGUGCUGCGCUUUUAAAUCCACCUGUUCACGCGCCUGCCUGUGCUCCCUGCACGCUGCUGCUGAUAGGUUUGUCAGGGGGGAGAGAGAGAAAACAGCAUAGAUUAACGCCUCGUGCAUGAAGUGGCGAGGAGCCCCCCUUCUCCCUGCAACCAUCAGCACAGCGCAGCAGAUACAGCAGGACUCCUUGUUGAAUGGAUUACCUACACGUUCACCUCUCCCGGAUGGUUUUGCGCAUAACCCCGUCACAUCCAUUUCCCGAGAAAACUGCUGCCUCUCUAUGAUUACAUGAUCAUCUCACCAACACUGUGGACACUGAUCGCUGAUCAUGCGAAGUACACUGAUUUGAGACCAGCCUUGACUUCAGCCACAUCGCCGCUGCCGGGUGGACGCGCGGCUGAUCAUCUGGAGAGGGGUUUUCUGCAACAAUUUGUUGCAAACAUUGCGAAGGGCGAAGUCAUGGUGCCGGUGUCGCCUCAGCUUCUCAUGGCACCGUGAGAACUUUGUUCCUGGCCCCUCUUUUUUCUCCCCCCUCUCUUUUCUUUUAGAUGUUUGUCAGCGGAUUGUGCUUCUUGGGGAAAUUAUCCAUCGUUUCCCUUUUCAAUUAUGUUCACUUUUGCUGCCUUCUGCUACAUGCUGUCUCUGGUCCUCUGCGUGUCCCUGAUCUUCUUUGCAAUAUGGCACAUAACAGCUUUUGAUGAGCUCCAGGCUGACUUCAAGGUGCCAAUCGAUCAGGGCAAUCCACUCCAUGCGAGGGAGAGGCUGCGAAACAUUGAGAGGAUCUGCAACCUGCUGAGAAAGUUGGUGCUACCAGAGUACUCCAUCCAUGGGCUCUUCUGUAUCAUGUUCCUGUGUGCCCAGGAGUGGCUGACCGUGGGCCUCAACAUCCCCCUGCUCUUCUACAACACAUGGAGGUACUUCCAUUCCCCAACGGACACUAAGGAGCUGCUCUACGACCCGGCGUCCGUGAUGAACGGCGACACGCUCAAGUUCUGCCUGAAGGAAGCCUGGUGCAAGCUGUCCUUCUUCGUCCUCUCCUUCUUCUACUAUCUCUACUGUGUGUGGAACCUGGAAAUAUCCCUCUAAUAGAUCUUAUCAAUGGAAACACUUAAAGUAUGAUCUACUCCUUGGUUACCUCAUAACAACUGAUUUAUCAGCAACUGCAGAGAUAGAAAAGCCUCUGGAUACACAGACUGCUGUUGUGUCAGUCUAGAAUUGAGCGACAGGAAAUUGAAAAGUAAAGACGAUAGGAAAUACAUGUUUUUUGCUGUGAAGCCAAACAAUGAACAUGUCGGCGACGGAGGCUUUCUCUCUGCUCUGCCCUCCCCCCACCCCCACCCCCCCAAAGAAGAAGGGACAUGUUUUAUGCUCGACUGUAUAUAAAAACUGAAGACUAGAUCAGCUGCUUACAGUUUGAUUGGUCAUAGCGAGACCCAAGUUAAUCACUGCCUGGCCAACGUUUGUACCACACACACACACACACACACACAUAAACACACAUUCCUCUGGAGUGGUACGAUACUCACUGUACAGUAGCAGUGCUGCUAGCUCAGAGGAUGAGGAGCACAGUAGCGUUUGCACAGUUUGUCUCAGGCACAGCAAGGUGAAGCACUGUCCAGCCCAGCACCACUCACCGAACCCUCAGUCGCCCCUCGUCGACGCCUCGCCAACCGUAGCUUCACUGGUGAGUCAAAAGACGAGGGAUGGAUAGACGAGUGGAUGGACGGAUCACGUUGUACAGAAAAGAGAAACCAGCUCUGGAGGAAGCACCAGGGCGGAGUGUUCUCUUUAUUCUCCCACAGACGUCACAUACAGUCCAUGGCCUGUGGAUUUUUCUUUCUAACAUUAUGUGAAUGGCUUUUGUGACGUGUGCAUUUUGGUGUAUUCUUUAACAAAAGGCAUUUCUAAUUGAUCUACAGCAAAGGUAUUCUAUACAGCAAAUGCCUUCUUAGUGUUGUCCUAGUGUUGUUCUAUUGUGGGAAACUUUUCUAAAACUCAAACUGAAGUAAAAAACAAAACCUGUCGGAAGCUUUUUUAGUAGAGGAGCACACAUUCUUUGCACAAAUAGUGUCUUUGAUCUUGCACAAUAUUCGCAAUAUUUGGCUAUAUAUUAGAGAUAAUUUAUGAUAGUCUAGCCACACAGGUGAAGGUCUUCCAACAUGUAAAGAACUAUACAGCCCUGUUUGAAGAUGGGGAGACAAUGUGAAUCUUUUCUAGCUCUAUUUACAUCAUGGACCAAACUGUUGUCUUUUCAGUAUUUAGAUUGAUUUAUUUAUGUCUAUUUGUGAGAUAAUGAUGGCCUGCCUCCAUGCUCUAUCUUAAAGAAAAUAUUAUUUUCUCAUAUAACCACACCAUGGUGAGGCAGAAUGAGUCGUAAAGAAAGCAGAGGAUAGGGAAGGUGCCUAGCAUUAAUCUGUCUUUCUCCAUGAUUGAUUGAAGAGCAACUGUAGCAGAUGAUGCAAAUAAUAAACUCAUGAUGAUGAUUCCAACACAUAAAGUUCCCCUCCACAUACAGGUUAGAGGUUGGUUAUGGCAUCCCUGUGGCUGUAAGGAACUCAGCGUCUUGCUCACAGACACUUUGGCAGCACAGGUGCUUGAACCGCCAGUUUCCAUGUGUAGCACACUUUUCUAACCACCAGGCCACUCUAUAGAUCUUCACCAUCAUCCUCACUCAGUGAGCUCACUUUAUAAGCUGAAACUCAAGGAGCAGAUAGGAAUGCCCAGUUCUUGUUGUUUUCUCUUAUUCUAAGUCAAGCAUUUUCUAUCCUUACUGUGUAUGUGACCAAACAAGUUACAUUUAGAUAUCGUUUAUGAAAUAAAGUAUUUUAAAAUCAA